AUGGCGCGCUCCUCAUCUCCGAAUGGCGCGACCAAGCCUUUUGCGGCUUGGACCACCAUCUUCUACUUACUCCUGGUGUUCAUUGCCCCCUUAGCGUUCUUCGGCACUGCACACGCUCAGGAGGAAUCGGUACAGGAGAACUAUGGAACGGUCAUCGGUAUUGAUCUGGGAACUACUUACUCGUGUGUCGGUGUGAUGCAAAAUGGAAAGGUCGAGAUUCUCGCCAAUGACCAAGGAAACCGUAUCACUCCUUCCUAUGUCGCUUUCACUGAUGAGGAGCGCCUGGUCGGAGACGCCGCAAAGAACCAAUACGCCGCCAACCCGAAGAGGACUGUCUUCGAUAUCAAGCGUUUGAUUGGUCGUAAGUUCGAUGACAAGGACGUCCAGAAGGAUGCCAAGAACUUCCCUUACACCAUCGCGAACAAGGAUGGCAAGCCCAUCGUAAAGGUCGAGGUUAACAAGUCCCCCAAGACCUUGACUCCCGAGGAGGUUUCCGCAAUGGUUCUUGGAAAGAUGAAGGAGAUCGCCGAGGGUUACCUUGGAAAGCAGGUUACCCACGCCGUGGUCACUGUUCCCGCCUACUUCAACGACGCCCAGAGACAGGCCACCAAGGAUGCCGGUACUAUUGCCGGCCUCAACGUUCUCCGUGUUGUCAACGAACCUACCGCCGCCGCUAUCGCCUACGGCCUGGACAAGACCGGUGAUGAGCGCCAGGUGAUCGUGUAUGACCUCGGUGGUGGUACCUUUGAUGUUUCCCUCCUUUCUAUUGAAAGCGGUGUUUUCGAGGUCCUGGCUACUGCUGGUGACACGCAUUUGGGUGGUGAGGACUUCGACCACCGUGUCAUGGACUACUUCGUCAAGCAGUACAACAAGAAGAACAACGUCGAUGUCGCCAAGGACCUGAAGGCUAUGGGUAAGCUUAAGCGCGAGGUUGAGAAGGCCAAGCGCACCCUGUCUUCCCAGAUGUCGACCCGCAUUGAAAUCGAAGCCUUCCACAACGGCGAGGACUUCUCUGAGACCCUUACCCGUGCCAAGUUCGAGGAACUGAACAUGGAUCUGUUCAAGAAGACCUUGAAGCCCGUUGAACAGGUGCUCAAGGAUGCCAAGGUCAAGAAGGCUGACGUGAAUGACAUUGUCCUGGUCGGUGGUUCUACCCGUAUUCCCAAGGUCCAGUCUCUCCUGGAGGAGUUCUUUGGUGGCAAGAAGGCCAGCAAGGGUAUCAACCCCGAUGAGGCUGUUGCAUUCGGUGCUGCCGUCCAGGGUGGUGUCCUUUCCGGCGAGGAAGGCACUGGUGACGUUGUUCUCAUGGAUGUCAACCCUCUCACUCUGGGUAUCGAGACCACUGGUGGCGUGAUGACCAAGCUCAUCCCCCGUAACACCGUUAUCCCCACUCGCAAGUCCCAGAUCUUCUCCACUGCGGCUGACAACCAGCCCACCGUCCUCAUCCAAGUUUUCGAGGGUGAGCGUUCUCUGACCAAGGACAACAACCUACUCGGCAAGUUCGAGCUUACCAGUAUUCCUCCGGCCCCCCGUGGUGUUCCCCAGAUUGAGGUGUCGUUCGAUCUGGAUGCCAACGGUAUCCUGAAGGUCAGCGCCAGUGACAAGGGCACCGGCAAGGCCGAGUCCAUCACCAUCACCAACGACAAGGGGCGUUUGAGCCAGGAGGAAAUUGAGCGCAUGGUUGCGGAGGCCGAACAGUUCGCCGAGGAGGACAAGGCCAUCAAGUCAAAGAUUGAGGCUCGCAAUGGGCUGGAGAACUAUGCCUUCAGCCUGAAGAACCAGGUCAACGACGAGAAUGGUCUGGGUGGCAAGAUCGACGAGGACGACAAGCAGACCAUCCUGGACGCCGUCAAGGAGGUGUCGGACUGGCUCGAGGACAACGCUGCCACUGCUACUACCGAGGACUUCGAGGAGCAGAAGGAGCAGCUGUCCAACGUGGCCUACCCCAUCACCAGCAAGCUGUAUGGCUCUGGCCCGGCAGAUGAGGAUGACGAGCCCAUGGGUCACGAUGAACUGUAA